CUACGUCAGUUGUCUUCCCUUGUUUGCGCAAAACAGAUGCUACGCCGCAGUUGUUGUUGACGUGACGUAACGACCGGCGACGCAACAACAUGAAAUCGAAUUUAUUUAUGGCUCGGAAGUCAAUUGAUUUUAAUUGCAGCCGCCGUAUAAGGUGAAUUUAAAUGUUUAUUAGCCCGAAGUGUUGUGUUGUCGGCAAAUCGAUAACAGCGAAUGGGCUGAGUAUGCGAUCAUUCGUUUUUAAAGUGCGGCACGUGUGUAGGUAGGGUGACUGGAGAGUUCUUAAACCACCCACCUGUACGUUCUACAUGCGAUUGUUUGUUUGUGACUUUCAAACCGGCGCAGCCAGAGUGACAGACCGCAUUGUAAAUUCGCAAUUAUCUAACAGCGAUUUCAGUGUAAAUACAAUUCGGGCACGUCGAAGUGAUAAUUUCGGAUUCACGUCGCGAAGAGAUUAGAUUUGAGCACCCGACGACGACGACCAUGGCCUGAUACACCAGAUUGCCCGUGAAUCUAGGCAAUAUAUUGAGCUUCACCUGUCCAGAUGCAGAAGGGCCCAGCUAACGGCAUCCCAUUUCAGGGCUUCACGUAAGAGCUCGCGCCGCUGAAUCUCGUUGCGUAGCGCACGUUACGUCAGUGACCGUUACGAAAUUUCGAAAAUGAAGGAGUGGCUAAAGAUCUCCUGCCUCCUCUGCGUCUUCGGCUGCAUCCGCGAGAUCCGUCCGUCGGAGCCCUACGUCACGGAGUACCUGCUGGGUCCCUGGCGGAAUAUCACGGAGCAGCAGCUAACGCACGAUGUUUACCCAGUGGGCACCUAUUCCUACCUGGUGCAGUUGGUCUUUGUCUUCCUGAUAACCGAUUUUCUCAGAUACAAGCCGCUGAUCAUCACAAUUGGAGCCGCGGGUGUGAUAAUAUGGAGCAUGCUCAUCUGGACCACCAGCGUGCUGUCGCUGCAGAUCCUGGAGUUCUUCUACGGCACUUACAUGGCCGCCGAGGUGGCCUACUAUACGUACAUUUAUGCCAAAGUUGACAAGAAGUACUAUGCCAGAGUGACCUCCCACACCCGAGCAGCUAUGUUUGCAGGCAAACUGGUUUCCGGGAUCACUUCCCAACUUAUGCUCAAUCUGGAGCUGGUGAACUACAAGGAGCUCAACUAUAUAACGCUGGGCACUCAGAUUAUAGCCAUGCUUUGGGCCUUUGGCCUGCCUCGUGUGGAUAGGAGUCUUUACUUUCAUCGGGAGGAGUUGACCAUUACGGAGCCGCAGACCCAGCUGCCCGGGGAGGGAAACCUGGAAGAGAUGGAUCAGCAGCAGGAGAGUACUCCCAAGCAGGCCGGAGCACUGAGCCUCCUUUGGCUACAUUUCCGCAACGCAUACACCAAUCCGCGAGUCGUCCAGUGGAGUCUUUGGUACGCCAUUGGACUGGCUGGUUACCUGCAGGUCACUUACUACGUUCAGGUUCUGUGGAAAGUGAUCGAACCGGAACCUGUGAUUGCGUGGAACGGCGCCGUUGAUGCCAUCCUGACAGCUCUGGCUGCACUAAGUGCUUUGGCCGCCGGUUAUCUGCACACCGGGAGGCUCAGACCGAGAACAUCUCUUCUGAUCCUGGGCCUUUUGUCCGUCGUGGAGGGCGGAUGUGUGCUAAUCUGUUGCUGGACACAGGACAUCUACUGGUCGUAUACGGGAUUCGUGCUUUUCGGAGCCCUCUACGGCUUUACCAUCACGGUGGCGAGUGCUGAAGUGGCCAGAAAUCUGGAGGAGGAAAGCUUUGGACUUGUCUUUGGAGUGAACACCUUUGUGGCCCUCAUUUUCCAGUCGCUGUUAACCAUGAUCUUUGUCACGGACACUGGAUUUGAGCUCGAUCCCGCUGGCCAAUACACGGCGUAUGCGUUCUAUUUUAUUGGGGUCGGCGUCUUGUAUCUGAUAUCCGUGCUGAUUGAGUACUUAAUGUGCCGCAACACCGACGUUGAAAAGCUGGAAAACUCACUCGAUUGAGUCCCGAUGCAUUUAGAUAGUAGUUAAGGUCAAAACACAACUCGUUACUUAAAGAAAGACUGGUUCCUAUGCGUGAACUACUAUAAGAUGGUAUUCAAGCGAUGGUCGAUUGUAUUCCCAGAAUAUUUAAGUCAUUUUUUUUAUUUGCAAUCUUUUGGCGAUUCUUAGUAUUUAGCAGAUAUUUCCAUUUAUAUAGCGCACAAUCAGUCUCAAGUGUGCAGGACUAAAGAUACCGAGUUUUAGUGUAGAAUCAUUGUGUGUUUUACUAAUAUUAUCUGACGAUUGCCGAACUAAUUACGUUUAAUUUAUAGAAGAGCACUGAUUGCUGAUAGCAAAGUAAUCGAACUUAAAAGCAAGCUUAUUAAUACAUAUUAUGAAUCAUUAUGUGCCGAAUAUGACAACAAUUGUUAUAGAUUUCAUUUAUUUUGAGACUACACAUGUUUAUAGUCGGAAUACCCGCGCUGUUGAUAACUUAACUUAUCAGUGUUAAUAUUUUGCAUCAAUAGAUUACAGAAACAUUAAUAAACAAGUGUCUAAGGCUCUCUGAGAAAUUCAGGGCAAGAUA